CCGGCUCGGCUAGGGGAGAGCUGGGGAGCCCCAGUCUGGCUGGAGUUGGCUGGAGCUGUUGCCAUGACAAGCAUUUUCUUAAGACAGCUCUGCCGUUGAGACCGUCUUAGGCUGGGGGUGGGGUGGGGGCACGAACUUCCUGGAGGAGCAUCCCUCUGAAGACAGCGAGGUCUGACACCCGCCCAGCUCGCUGCACCCAUUUUCUUCCAGGAAGGUCCUCCGCAGUGGAAGGGCUGGGGAAAAAGACCCAGUCCUUACCCCCAGCUGUGGCAGAAAGGCCGGAGCGCGAAACCAGCUUCGCUAGGUGGUUGCCACACUGGGGAGUGAGGUGGGUGGUCACCCCACCCUACUCAGUCCGUGGAAACGCGGAGGGAGAGUCCAGCUCCGAGACACCUGGAUCUUUGCUAGAAAGAGAGGUACCACUUCUCCUUUUAGAAGCCAAUGUUAUCAGGUCUAAGACUGGACAAGGACAGUGAACUAUUGUUAUGCCAGGAAGCCGGAGCGUGCUCAUAUCAAAGAACACAGGAGCUGCGUACAGGGACUUCCCGAUGGAUGUGAGAUACUGAGAAGCAGAAGAGAGAAUGAGCCGUGGAAUAAAGAGGCCUUCCAGACCUAGCUGUCAUCAUUAUCCAGGGAGCCCUCCUCUUUCUCCUGACGCUGCUGCUCUGUCAUCGCGAUUACUGGUUGUUGCUAAGGUUGCCUCCAUGGUAACAUACUUAUCCUGUUUACACUUCUAUAUGGACAAGUAGUCUAAGCUAGGAACCUACCUACUCUGCACAACUAUUUCCGUCACCACACAGAGGACACCAAUCGUCGUGACACCAAGUCCGUCUUCUACUAGGUUCCCCCAACCUCUUCCUCCUCUCACAAGUAGACUUGAUAUAGAAAAAAAGGAUCUAGGCUUGGUGUUACUACUCUGAAGCAUACUGCACAAGAUAUUGUCAAUUUAUCCCCUAACUGCGCCCCCAGAGAAGAAAGAAGGGGAAGAUACGGGAAGAGAAGGCAAGAGACACUGAUCAGUUGGAGGGAAACUCUACAUCUUCUUUGGUUGAGAGUCUGGUAACUGCAGGCAAAAUGACGAACCCAUCAGGACAUAGCUUGCCAGCCAACUCAGUAACUGAGAGCAAUGAAGGGGAGUUUGGCUGCACACUGAUGGACAUGAGGAAGCUCAUGGAGCUUCGUGCAGCUGAUGCAGUGACCCAGAUCGAUACCCACUAUGGAGGUGUACAGGAUAUCUGCACUAGACUGAAAACCUCCCCGACAGAAGGUCUAUCUGGAAACCCUAUAGAUCUGGAGAGACGUAAAGUUAUUUUUGGAAAGAAUGUGAUACCUCCGAAAAGGUCCAAGACUUUCUUAGAAUUAGUGUGGGAAGCCCUGCAGGAUGUCACUCUCAUCAUCCUGGAGAUCGCAGCCAUCAUCUCCCUGGUCCUGUCCUUCUAUCGACCUCCCGGUGGAGAUAAUGAAAUCUGUGGUCACGUUUCAAUUAACCCAGAAGACGAGAAGGAAGCAGAAACCGGCUGGAUUGAGGGAGCAGCCAUUCUUGCCUCGGUGGUCAUUGUGGUAUUAGUGACAGCCUUCAAUGACUGGAGCAAAGAGAAGCAGUUCCGGGGACUGCAGAGUCGCAUUGAACUCGAGCAAAAGUUCUCUGUUAUCCGGAAUGGGCAGAUCAUCCAACUCCCGGUAGCUGAGAUUGUGGUAGGAGAUAUCGCCCAGGUCAAAUACGGUGACCUGCUGCCUGCGGAUGGGAUUCUAAUCCAGGGGAAUGAUCUGAAAAUUGACGAGAGCACUCUGACAGGAGAAUCAGAUCAUGUCAAGAAGACUCUGGAGAAAGACCCCAUGUUGCUCUCAGGGACUCAUGUGAUGGAAGGCUCUGGCCGGAUAGUGGUGACUGCUGUGGGAAUCAACUCCCAGACUGGAAUCAUCUUCACCCUGCUGGGGACUGGCGAGGAAGCUGAGGAGGAGAAGAGGAAGAAAGGUAAAAAACAAGGAGUAUCUGAAAAUCGCAACAAAGCAAAGACCCAGGAUGGAGUGGCCUUGGAAAUCCAGCCACUCAACAGCCAGGAAGCUCUUGACAGUGAGGAAAAGGAGAAGAAAGUAACGAAGGCACCUAAGAAGGAGAAGUCGGUGCUACAGGGAAAGCUCACACGCCUGGCCGUGCAGAUCGGGAAGGCAGGUCUGAUCAUGUCUACCAUCACAGUUAUCAUCUUGAUUCUAUACUUUGUGAUUGACAAUUUUGUGAUACAACACAAAGAAUGGCUCCCUGAGUGCACUCCUGUCUACAUCCAGUAUUUUGUGAAGUUCUUUAUCAUCGGCGUCACUGUAUUGGUGGUGGCUGUGCCAGAGGGGCUACCGCUGGCUGUCACUAUCUCACUGGCCUACUCUGUGAAGAAAAUGAUGAAGGACAACAACUUGGUACGGCACUUGGAUGCUUGCGAGACAAUGGGCAAUGCCACAGCCAUUUGCUCUGAUAAGACAGGCACGCUGACCAUGAACCGCAUGACAGUGGUACAAACUUACAUUGGGAACACUCAUUACCGCGAGAUCCCAAGCCCCGAUGUCCUCCCACCCAAUGUUCUGGACCUCAUAGUCAACGGCAUUUCUAUCAACAGUGCUUACACUUCUAAGAUUCUGCCUCCAGAAAAGGAGGGAGGCCUACCCCGGCAAGUAGGCAACAAGACAGAGUGUGCUCUGCUGGGCUUUGUCACAGAUCUGAAGCAGGACUACCAGGCAGUUCGCAAAGAGGUGCCAGAGGAGAAGUUCUUCAAGGUGUACACCUUCAACUCGGUGCGCAAGUCCAUGAGCACUGUCAUCAGGAGACCUGAAGGGGGCUUCCGCAUGUUCAGCAAGGGAGCCUCGGAGAUAAUGCUGCGCAGAUGUAAUCGGAUUCUGGACAAGGGAGGAAAAGCCAUACCAUUCAAAAAUAAGGACCGAGACAAUAUGAUACACAAUGUCAUUGAGCCCAUGGCUAGUGACGGACUCCGAACUAUCUGCAUAGCUUACCGGGAUUUUGAUGAUGAUGCAGAGCCCACGUGGGAUAAUGAGGCUGAAGUCCUCACUGAGCUGACCUGCAUUACAGUGGUGGGCAUUGAGGACCCUGUGCGCCCAGAGGUACCAGCUGCAAUUGCCAAGUGCAAACAGGCUGGCAUUACUGUCAGAAUGGUGACAGGUGAUAACGUCAACACAGCACGGGCCAUCGCCACCAAAUGUGGCAUUCUGACCCCUGGAGAUGACUUCUUGUGCUUAGAAGGCAAAGAAUUUAAUAGGCUUAUCCGCAACGAGAAGGGUGAGGUUGAACAAGAAAAGCUGGACAAGGUCUGGCCCAGGCUUCGGGUACUGGCCCGGUCUUCUCCCACGGACAAGCACACACUGGUGAAAGGUAUCAUUGACAGCACUGUUGGGGAGCAUCGGCAGGUGGUGGCUGUCACUGGUGAUGGAACAAAUGAUGGACCCGCCCUAAAGAAAGCAGACGUCGGUUUUGCCAUGGGCAUUGCAGGCACAGAUGUGGCUAAGGAGGCGUCAGACAUCAUCCUGACUGACGACAACUUCACCAGCAUUGUGAAGGCAGUGAUGUGGGGACGAAAUGUGUAUGACAGCAUCUCCAAGUUUCUGCAGUUCCAGCUCACCGUCAAUGUGGUGGCAGUUAUUGUGGCCUUCACUGGAGCCUGUAUCACUCAGGAUUCCCCACUGAAAGCGGUGCAGAUGUUGUGGGUUAACCUGAUCAUGGACACGUUUGCCUCCCUGGCCCUGGCCACAGAGCCCCCAACCGAUUCUCUGCUGAAGCGUCGCCCCUAUGGACGAAACAAGCCUCUGAUCUCGCGCACUAUGAUGAAGAACAUCUUGGGCCAUGCAGUGUAUCAGCUCACAGUCAUCUUCCUCCUUGUCUUUGCUGGUGAGAAGCUGUUUGACAUCGACAGCGGACGGAAGGCACCUCUCCACUCACCACCCAGCCAGCAUUAUACCAUUGUUUUCAAUACCUUUGUGCUCAUGCAGCUCUUCAACGAGAUCAACUCCCGGAAGAUCCACGGCGAGAAGAACAUCUUUGCAGGCAUCCACCACAACAUCAUCUUCUGCACUGUGGUUCUGGGCACCUUCUUCUGCCAGAUUUUGAUCGUGGAGUUAGGGGGUAAGCCCUUCAGCUGUACCAGCCUCAGCCUGGAACAGUGGUUGUGGUGCAUCUUCAUAGGGAUUGGAGAACUUUUGUGGGGCCAGGUCAUCUCUGCAAUACCAACCAAUUCUCUGAAGUUCCUGAAGGAGGCUGGGCAUGGCACUAUCAAGGAGGAGUUCCAAGAGGGACAGGAAGAGAUUGAUCUUGCUGAGAUGGAGCUGCGCCGAGGCCAGGUCCUCUGGUUCCGUGGUCUAAACCGGAUUCAGACUCAGAUCAAAGUGGUCAAAAUGUUCCAUAAUGUCCAAGACGCCAUUCAAAAUUCCAACAACCAAAGCUCCAUCCACAGUUUCAUGACCUCGCCUGAAUAUACUGCAGAAGAGGAAUGUCCACAGACAUUAAUAGGUGAUAAAGAAGAUAAUAUAUCAACUACUAAGGAGGAGACUAGGGUGCUCCUGUUGGAUGGUGAGGCUGCUCCUCAAGACAACACAAACAACAAUGCCGUGGAUUGCAACCAAGAGCAAAUCAUUGCCUCCCAUUCCGGCAGCCCUCUGCAAAGCCUGGAGACAUCAGUUUGAACUUCUGUUCUCUAAUUCCCGUCCCUGCUUUCCCUGUUUCUUUUCUCUUCUGUCCCAUCUAUAAGGUAAUGAUGGGACUUGUCACUGUUAUGUCAGCUGCACCUAAGUGUGUGAGAACCCCCACCUGACCAUGAAGAAGCAAGAGCAGAGACCUACAAGGAUUCAAACCCUGGGCAGGUAAUGGUAGAUCUCCUCCUUAGGUAUACCAGUUGUCAUUUUUAAAGAAACAAUGAUAGUACUCCUUGGCAUCACCCAACCCAAAGAUUCCACAGCAUUCCCACAUGUGUCACCACCUCCUGACUCGGAGAUUUUAUUCUCUGAGUUUCUGCCAUUUACAAGCUAAGUUGUGGGCUCAGGGAGAGACAAAUACCCUGUGUUUGUGCUUCAGUAGAGUGAUUAUUCUCAAAACAUUUUUUUUUCUAUUUUGAAAAUGUAUGCUCUAAGGCCUCAAGCUCUUCCUGCCCUUCAGUCUGACCUCUCCAAGGUUCUCUGGAUCUUAGAUUCUCUAUGACCCUUAUCAUCUUUCCUUUUAUUCUUUUUUUAAAAGCUGUGGUAGUUACAAGAAUUGAAAGGACAUGGACAUGUUGAGUCAACUGUGGCCCUUCUGGCCCCAAGAGAACCUUUCAUUUUAAUUCUAGAGGCUGGCAGGUUUCUUGGCUAAAAUGGUCUCUUUGGAGCAAAUGAGUUGGUGAAAUAGUUCCCUGUUGUUACCGGGUCAGCUCCGACUUCUGAAUGUCAAUCUUCUUGGGUGCAUAGGGGUUUCUAAGUGCCAGGGAAAUCAGCCAUGACCGUGAAGCUUGCAUAUGUGUAAUAGACAGUUUUUACCAUAAGCCUGAGCUUCCUCCUUGUAGAGUAGCAAGAGAAUGAAUGGGGCAUGACCCUGCCUUCUAGCUAGAUGAAGAGUUUCAGGACCAAUAUGGGGCAGGCCUAGGACCAGAAAUCAAGAAGCAGACUAUUUUCAAGAGCAUUUGCCAAGGUUCUUUCAGGGCAGAAACUACUGUUGGGGGAAUGAGUGUUACAAAUCCUUGGGAGGGACUAAAGAGCCAAUCCUUCCCAGGUCUAAGAAAAUCUCCCUGCAGGCUAGAUGCCUGGGUACCAGCUUUGCCAUUCUCUUCACUUUCCUUAUUCUAUGCUUUGUUUUGUCCUUAUUCUAUGCUUUGUUUUGCUUUCCAUCUCUAAGGAGGUCCCUAACUUUUGCAAAUACUUCAAUGUUGAAAAUGCAUAGCCAAAAGAGGAGACUUUCUGACAGUGCCCAGAUUCAAGGUGCAAAGGCCCUCCCUGGAAAGCUCUCUGUCCCCUCUCCUGGCUUUCACACACCCUCUUCCAGCCUUCAGCAGCCUGCUCCAUGGCAGCCUGGGAAAGCCCGUGCCUUUCUGCCCUGAACACUGCCCAGAGCAUCCUCUGCCCACCUUCCUCUCAAGAGCUGGAAAGUUCACCAAAAGGGACUUCGCCUUACUGGGACAAGGUGGAGGCACAUUCCCAGGUGCUCCGUUUGUAUCCCUGCUGUGCUGAUUUAAGCAUUUUUGUGCAGGUGGAUUCAUGUCCCUUAGUCCUGUCUCCCAUUAGGUCAGUGAAGCCUGCCUCCCUCUUUCUAAGGGGAUGGGAAUAAGAGAGGGUACAUGAGGCUCAUGAGAACUGACAGGUUUCCACUUGGGAGAGAAAGGCAAGAUGGACUUGUCCACUCUUAGCCUUUUCUUCUAUAGAUCUUCUUUCCCCACUUGUCACCCAAGCUGCCCAGAUAGCAUGAGUAAAGAAACAGUCGCCAUUCCACUCUCAUUCCAGCGUAACCCAUCAUUAUAGGAAGUAGGGAAAAAGUUUAAGUUGGAUUUUGUGAAAUUACACACUUCAGUAAUCAUCUUGUGGAGGAAAAAGCAUCUCACUUGAGGUGUUAGUUAUCUAAAAAUGUGUAUUUAAGUACUUUAGAAGAUUUGAUUACCUCAGAUAAUUUUGUAAAAGCAAGCCAAUAACCAGCUUCGAGGGCCAUUUCACCAUCCUUGCUUCCAAGGAUCUUGUGGUGCCUGGCAGGCUACUCCGAGGGCUUAUGUCUACUUUUUCAAAGUCAACAGGUUUUUGUGUGUGUGCAUGUUCUAGUUUCCAUAGUAAGAGAGAAAAUAGGGAAAUAUUAUGCAAAAAAACUAUAGUUUUCUUUAGAUCAGAAACUGAUGUUUUUGAGUCAGCCAUAUAUAUAUAUAUAUAUAUAUAUAUAUAUAUAUAUAUAUAUGUAUGUAUGUUGUUGAAAGAAUUUCAAAUAGAGUGCCGUCAUGUAACACUGUGGAAGGGAGCACACAACCAGCUGUUUGACAUGACAGGUGACUCAGUAUAUUUGUAAUUGGUUUUAAAAAAAAAACUAUAACAUACUUCGUUUCUCCGAGCAGCCAUCUUUAUAUUUAGGGAAAAAAAAUUGUUGGGUUCUAGACUUUUUUAAUAUGAAUUUUGUUGAUAUGGAAUUGAAUGAGUUCAAGUGUUUCUGUGCUUAUGUUUUUAUAUGUUUUUUCUAUUCGGUUUCAGUGAUCCAGGUAGCAGUGAGUAAAUAUGACAUAAGUUAAUAACACUUUCCCCUAAAUGGUGCUUCGGAUUUGAAAGAGGUCUGAUGGGGAGAAAGAGACUAUAUCCUAGAGCCCUUGUUUGAUAAACCUAGGAAAAAUGGGUAAGAACCUGCAGGUAGCAAAGGAAACACCUACAAAGAGGUUUCUCAGCUGUCAGGACAUGGGUGUAUGCUGCCAUGGAGAGAAAGUGCCAGGCUUGUUGGUAACCAGGCUUGAGGAUCAGUUGGGUUUCUGUCUCUUGAGGAAUUAGAUGGCAGAAUGGUAUGACAGUCUGGUCCCUCCUGGUUGUCAAGGCUACUCUGAUAUGGAGUUUUCAUUUCUUUAUUCUUCUUUCACUUCCUCUUUCCCCUGGAGUGACCCCAUCAGUGAGUUUCUGUGUUGUGAGAUCUGAGUUGUGACAUCCUUCUGUUUCAUAUGAUACAGCAGACUGGAGACAGAGCUCCAAAUUGGAAAAGAUAAAUACGACAAUGGCUACUUCCAGCUCUGUCUGACAGUCUUAGGCUAGGUCCUUCUCAAUUGUCCUUCGCUGUCUUUAACAUACUAUCCUCAUCCCAAAAGACUUAAGAGAGACCAGCUAGGCUCCCUCUGGGCACUCAUGGAUUCCUUGGGUUUAGAUUUUUUUUUUUUUUUUUUUUGCCUUCAGGCUUUAGGGGAGAGUUGCACAGCUCAAUCAGAGUGACUACCUCACUGCCGAAAACCCAGAGGGGCACUGGAACUUGAGCGUGCCAGAAUCCUCUCCUGUACCCUUCCCUUCCCCCCCACCCCCGCCUUACAGUUGAGGAUACCUGUGGUACCAUCCCCAUCUGCACACCCAAUCCCCUUCUGCAUCCAGGGCCCGCCCCGUGGCACUGGGGGAAUGGACACUUACAAUGCCUACUGUUCUAAAGCCAUUCCAGCCUCCUCCUCAGAAUAGACCAGACACCCACCCUCCCUCCCUUCCGUUAGCUCAGAGCCAGAACUUUUGCCUUCCCAGCUCUGCAGUUAGGCCUGCUGUCCCCUUUCUUCUUGGUUGGGAGAGGUGACGGGAGAUGAGCUCCCUGCAACUGAAUCAGCCUUUGGUUCAUGUUUUCUCCCCGUAUGUAUAUAUGCCAUAUGUAAAUAUGCCAUAUAUGUGCCAACAAAUUGAUCUACGCCAUCUUUUCUAAUCGGCAUGCAGAUAGGAAUUUUGAGUUUCUUCUCAUUAACUAGUAUAAUGAGCACUGGUAUUUUUGUACAAAAGAAAAAGGAAAAAAAAAAAACCAGAAAAUUGACUUUUGUGGUCUGCAUGACAGACAUGAUAUCAAAGCAAUGUAUAUCCCAGCGUGUGUUGCUAUAGUUUGCAGUUCAGCUUAACAGUGCACCCAAUCUGUAUUUGCAUUUGAUAUUAUUUAAGCUCUAUGUAUAAUGUUUUUUGCAUGUAUUUAUGUGGUUCUUGGGAGGGGGGAAGCUAUAAACUGACAAAUCUGUACUGCAAAUGUGUUAUCCCAUUGACACAGGAUGAAAAGGAGUUUUAAAGGGGGUAAUUUUUUUGGAACCAAUAAAGCUUUUUGCUGAUGAACAGAAACCAAUGCCAUGCACUGAGAAUAAAAACCCGUGCCCACUUGUAA